AUGACCCUGAGCACGGAGAUGUCCGAUGCCUCCGGCCUCGCCGAGGAGACAGACAUCGACGUGGUGGGGGAGGGCGAGGACGAGGAGGAGGAGGACGACGAUGACGACGAGGGCGGCGGCGGAGGCGGCGGCGGGUCCCGGUUGCCCAGCUCAGCCCAGCGGCGGCGGCGCUCUUACGCCGGGGAGGACGAGCUCGAGGACCUGGAGGAAGAGGAGGACGAUGAUGACCUCCUGCUGGCCUCGCGGCCCGCCGCGUCCCCAGAGCCUCCGGGUCCUGCGCCCGCCCCGGGAACCGGAUCGGGCGUCUGCAGCGGCGCGGGAGCGGGAGGCGGCGCGGGAGGUGGCGCAGGCGCGGGCACGGGCACGGGCGGGGGCGCCAAGAACCCGCUGGUGAAGCCGCCCUACUCGUACAUCGCGCUCAUCACCAUGGCCAUCCUGCAGAGCCCCAAGAAGCGCCUGACGCUCAGCGAGAUCUGCGAGUUCAUCAGCGGCCGCUUCCCUUACUACCGGGAGAAGUUCCCCGCCUGGCAGAACAGCAUCCGUCACAACCUGUCGCUCAACGACUGCUUCGUCAAGAUCCCGCGCGAGCCGGGCAACCCGGGCAAAGGCAACUACUGGACGCUCGACCCGGAGUCCGCAGACAUGUUCGACAACGGAAGCUUCCUGCGGCGCCGCAAGCGCUUCAAGCGCCAGCCGCUGCUCGCUCCCCACGCGGCGGCCGAGGCGCUGCUGCUGCGCGGUGCGGGGCCGGCGGCGGGCGCGGGGGACCCGGGCGCCGCGCUCUUCCCCCCGCCGCCGCCGCCGCCGCCUCCCGCCUGCGGCUACGGAGCCUACGGCUGCGCCUACGGCCUGCAGCUGCCGCCCUGCGCGCCGCCCUCCGCUCUCUUCGCCGCCGCCGCUGCCGCAGCCGCCGCCGCCUUCCACCCCCACUCGCCUCCGCCGCCUCCGCCGCCGCCUCCCGGUGCGGCCGCCGAGCUGGCGCGGACCGCCUUCGGCUACCGGCCGCACGCGCUGGCCGCCGCCCUGCCCGGCCCGUUGCAGGCGGCGGCAGUCAAGGCGGGAGGCCCCGGCGCCGCUGCGCUCGCACGCUCGCCCUUCUCCAUCGAGAGCCUCAUCGGGCGCACUCGGGGUCCCACGGCCGCCGGGACUCACGUCUCACCCGGGGCCGCCAGCGGGACCGCCCCGGGACCCGGGGGCGGAGGCUGCGCCGUGCAGGCGGCUACCGGUCCCGCCGUCGCGCUCACCCGCUCGCUCGUGGUCGCCGCCGCGGCCGCCGCCUCCUCCGUGUCGUCGUCCGCUGCGCUGGGGACUCUGCACCAAGGGACUGCGCUGUCCAGUGUGGAGAACUUUACUGCUAGGAUUUCCAAUUGUUAG